UUGAAUGUCAAAAUAUAUAAAGUACACAGAGCAUUUCUGAGCACCUUGAGCUAUAUUUUUUUAUGACGAUCCACAUGUACUACAUAGGCAUUAUUUGUGGAUUAUUACUUGCAUGGAAUUUGAUCCAUGGUCGAAACAAGAAGAAACUUCCACCAGGACCAAUGCCUCUACCUUUAAUCGGAAAUCUCCACAACUUAUUCGGUGCUCCACCCCAUAAGUCGAUAGAACGGCUUGCUAACAAAUACGGCCCAAUAAUGAGCCUCAAAUUGAGCCGAUUACCCACCGUAGUUAUAUCUUCAUCAGCCGUGGUUAAAGAAGCCGUCAAAAAACACGACUCAGCCUUUUCCAGUAAAACACCCAAAGAUGCAGUCGAAGCCCAUAACCACCAUAAACUCUCCGUCGUAUGGCUACCGGUCGACAGCAUUCGCCGGAAAAAUCUCCGGGCAGUAGUGAAUUCGUGUAUUUUCUCGACGAAGAAGCUCGAUGCGAACCAGAAUCUCCGGUCCACGAAGAUCUCAGAGCUUAUUGCUUACUGUCAUCGGUGCAGCCAAACCGGUGAGGCCGUGGAUUUUGGUUUAGCCGCUUCUGAUAUCGCGAUAAAUGUUUUAUCGAAUGCGAUUUUCUCCGCUGAUUUUGUGGAUUUGUGUGAGAAAUCGGAGAAGAAAUUCAAGGAUGUGAUCCGGAGCGUUACGUACCAGAUCGGAAAGUUUAACAUGGUGGAUUACUUCCCUGUGCUGAAAUCGAUCGAUCCUCAAGGGAUAAAAAGAAGCAAUUGUGACAGUGUUGAUAAAAUGUUUCAAAUUUUUCGGGGUUUUAUUGAGGAAAGAUUGAAGCAAAGGGAAAACAAGUUGCAGAAGAAAACCGAAGACGUUUUGGAUAUUUUGUUAAAUAUGAGCGAAGAAAAAGAUGUCAAUAAUAAUAAGACUGCAAUGGAUAGAAAUCAAAUCGAACACCUUUUUCUGGAUCUUUUUAUUGCAGGAACUGAUUCAAGUUCCAUUACGUUAGAAUGGGCAAUGCUAGAGCUGAUGAAGAACCCACACGCAAUGGAAAAGGCUAAAGCGGAACUGGCGCAAGUUGUUGGCAAUAAAAAGGAGAUAAAGGAAGCUGAUCUUGUUCGGCUUCCUUAUUUGCACUGCAUUUUGAAAGAGACCUUGCGGAUACAUCCGCCUGUUCCUCUUUUGUCUCGCAAGGCAGAGCAAGACUUUGAACUUUGUGGCUACUUUGUCUCAAAGGGUUCACAAGUGAUAGUGAACAUAUGGUCAAUUGGUCGGGACCCUGUUAUUUGGGAGGAUCCUUUGGUGUUUAAACCUGAAAGGUUUUGGGGUUUGAAUAAUAUGGAUAUUCGUGGUCAAGAUGAUUUUAAGCUCAUUCCCUUUGGUGUUGGUAGAAGAAUGUGUCCUGCGACAUCUUUAGCUAUGAGGACCCUUACCACUAUGUUAGGUUCGUUGUUGAAUUCAUUUGAUUGGGUAGCUGAAGGAGACGAUGAUUUGGAUGCGGAAGAGAAAAGUGGCCUUAUAUUAGGCAAAUUACGUCCUCUACGACUUGUCCCAAUUUCACUAUAGGUAAUAGGACUAUAUAUUGGUGAAAACUUAUGUAAUAAAGUAGAGCCGGUUGUUAUAUUGCAAAAUAAAAGCAUAUGCAUAUGAAGUUUCUCAGAAAUCAUAUUAUG